AUGGCUCCCAAGACGGUGCUGAUCACCGGCUGCUGCUGCGGCAUCGGGCUGGCGCUGGCCGUCCGGCUGGCACGGGACAAGCAGCGCCGCUUCCGAGUCAUCGCCACCAUGAGGAACGUGGGCAGGAGUGGGGCGCUGGCGGCGGCGGCGGGGCCGGCGCUGGGCCGGACGCUGGAGAUCAAGCAGCUGGACGUCUGCGACGAGGGCUCCAUCCGCACCUGCCUCGACAGCAUCCCUGGGCGCCACGUUGACGUCCUGGUCAGCAACGCCGGGGUGGGCAUGGCGGGUCCCCUGGAGUGCCAGAGCCUGGCGGCCAUGCAGAGCCUCAUGGACACCAACUUCUUCGGCCUCGUCCGCCUGGUCAAGGAGGUGCUGCCUGACAUGAAGCGGCGCCGUGGGGGCCACAUCGUUGUCAUCAGCAGCAUCAUGGGCCUGCAGGCCCCUGGCUGGGCUGGGCUUCUAGAGAAGCCUCAAUUAGCCCUAACGAGGAGCAACGACCCCCAGCCGCACACACUGCGGGUGAUCGAGGCAGCCCGGCCGCCCUUCCGGCACCAGACCAACGCGGCGUACACGCCGAUGGCCGCGCUGAAGCACGCCGACCCCAGCGGUGCCCUCAUGACCGAUGCUUUCUACAAGCUGGUGUUCAAAUACGACGCGGUGCUGCGGCUCAGCCUCCGCGCCAUCCGCCUGCUCCGCUGGAAGGCCCAGAAGGUGAAGGAAGGCGCCCGGCUGCUGGGCUUCAAAUAG